AUGCUAAAACCUGAUCAGCAACAGACUAAUACGUCGUUUGCUGCUACUCUUCCAGUUGCUGGGGAAAAGAAGCUUGACAUUCCUACAGUGUUGUGCACUAGGUCGAAGCCUAAAACUUUAAAGAAAAUUGCCAAACGUCUCACCAAAAGUAUGACAUACACUCCACCUUGUCUGAUUAAUGAUGUUUCAGGAACAGAGACUAGAUCAGCAUUGGGAAUUCCAACUUGUCUCGAGUCUAGUACUGUUGAUUCUGGACAACGCGUACCGACUUUCGACAAGGGAGACACCGUUUACAACUAUUCUGUUCAAAAUAUGCAGUCGCUUGGAUCUGCUUCUAAUCACCACUUUGUGUCUCAAUCCAACACUCAUUCACCAGUCAUGACAUUAGAUCAGAGUAUGCAAAAUGUCUUGUCAGGCACGCAAAUGGACACUACAGAUGAAAAUGACCAGGUGGAUGCAUACCGUGCACAUUUCAGCUCUAGUAGAGGCCAAAGAUCCAAUAAUCCCAUCUCACACAGUCAAGGUCCUAUUGUUCGUGCUCAUUCUUACGAUGAUGUCUCCAAGAUUGUUUCGCUGACAUCUACUCCAAGUAUGCGAUUUGAAUCGUUUCUUGAAACUCACUUUUUUGCGAUUCUUGAAACUCCACUAGAUGUACACUUGCCCAUACCGUUGUCUCCAGAGUGGACUGUGCCCACAAUGUAG